AUGUUGAACCACAUCCUCCUCGUAGUUUGUCUGUUCAUAACGCUCGGAAUCAUCAUCUAUCUUUUCUACUGGAACCAAGUUCUUGGCUUUUUGCUGAGUGUCUUGCUUCGACUUUGGACUUGGAAUCAAGGUGGCACAGCCGUGUGGGUUAGCUUCGGUUCGGUGCACUUCUCUAUCCUUGCAGGAAGGAUCUCUUUCAAAGACCUGCGCUACCAUUCUUGUAACCAGACGAUCAAGAUCGUGCGAUGUAGGAUCGAGUGGCGCUAUUGGAUUCGAAGACCCAUGGCGUAUUUAAAUGAUGCACUAGAAAAACACCCGUUCAGGCCUUUCCCAUGCCGUAUUCAAUUCAAAAUCGAGGGUCUCGAGUGGUUCAUGUACAACCGCAUACCCGCCUACGACUAUAUCGUCUCUGAACUCGGCGCCCGUAACCGUCCUAACACGCCUGCCAUGAGUCCUAGUGGUCAGGCAACCCCUCUGCAGGAUAUAUUUGCAAAGCCUAUAUCACGUACUAUGUUAUAUCCUCCUUCUUCGACGCUUCCGACCUCCGUCCGUCGCGUACCACGUUUCCUUGACAGGCUCGCGGACUGGUUCUAUGGCCAACUUCCGAGGCUCGACCCGAAAGAUCUCCUGCCCAUUCAAAUCCAAGUCUCCAAGGCUGCAGUCACCUGUGGAAACGCAUCCACGACAAAUAUCCUUGUUGUCGAAUUCGGGAAAGCGGAAGGAGUCGCAGGGAUCGUACCGUCUAGAUCCAUAUGCGACAAGUACAAACAGAAUGUCAACUUGAGUUUUCAUGAAGUUCGGAUUCAUAUGCUGGAGAAUGAUGCAUAUCAAGCUCCCAUGAGCGUCGUGGGCCGCGAGUUGUAUCACAAAGUCAAACAUACAAGGUCUAGGUUUCCUUGGGCAUCGAGCCUGUCUUAUGGAUCGUUUGCCAAGCUCUGGCGCCGCUUGAACCUACACACGUCGACGUCAAUCCGCAGGUCCGCCCGUCUGGGCCCGGUGCAGACGGCUCCAACGAACGGGACUUUCCGACAACGUCUGGGAGGGCGACGAUCAAACGUGGUGGACGACGAGCAUCCCCCUGGGAUCGAUUUCUCCGAGGUCGAAUACGCGAUCGAACGUCACAUUUUGGAAGCACCGAUCGUAGAGAUCUCGUAUUACGUUGACGCGGUUGGUCGUGUUCCCGCAGUGAGGGACGACCCAACCCCUGCAGGCGAGGAGAACUAUGACAUCGGAAACGGUGCACUACCACCCGAGUGGGGUCUUGAUGUUGUUAUACGAGGAGGGACAUUGCGCUAUGGUCCCUGGGCGGAUAGGCGCAGAAUUGAGCUUCAGAAGGUUUUCUUCCCGCCUACGUACCUCGACGCUCAAGUCACACCCCAGUUAAAACCAGGAGACCAACGCAUCUGGACAACUCUCAAACUGUUCGUGGAACUCCGCGAUGGGACCGUCCUUCAUGUCCCUUUUAGAGAACCUUCGAAGGAUUGGCAAUGGGAUGGUUUAUCAGACAUCCCUAGGCCCAAGCGGAGAUCCCCCGCUAAUCUCAACCUUCGAGUAGGGGAUGGAUCAACAAUCAGCUACAUAAUGCCCCUCGUCGCUGGACCUAACGGAUACGAGCCACAGCUUGAAAUUCAUCUUGAUGAUGUAUCAGUCACGUCGAGUUUGAACGACAUCAGACUCCUCUCUUCUGAAUCCUGCAGGGUACGAUGCGACCUUCCUUCCCCGCUUCGGUGGCAAGCGGAAAGACAGUGGACCUUCGAAAUACUUCUGCGCCAACCAAGACUGUACCUUCUCAGGGACCACAUUAACAUGUUCACGGAUCUUUCCAAGGACUGGGCUCACGGACCUCCUAGUGACCUUAACCGCUUCAUUCCAAUGAAUUAUGCCAUCAAAAUGGACCUGCGCAACUAUGAGAUUAAUGCGUAUGUCAAUGAUCUGAACAUCAUCGACAAACCACUCCUCCGGGAUGAGAAUGCUCUUCUGACCUUGCGUGGGGGUUCCUUUCGGAACGAAACGCAACUGGCGAUGAAUCGAUUUCGUCCGGAAAGCACCCUUGUUCCGUUAUGGAUAGAAUCGCCGGGAGUUGCCGUUCAUCUCACUUUACCGAAAUGGAACACUCAUAGUAUGGAUGGCGAUGCGCACGCAGGGGAGAUCGGCACCAUUGGUUUUCUGCGUCUAGAUGGAUCAUACCGAUAUUUCGCGGAAGUUCGGGACAACAAUAUCGAACAGUUGAAGCUCAGCUUCACUACGAAGAAUAUGGUUUACAAGGCACAUGGAUGGUCUAUUCGUUACCUCAUGAUACUACGAGACAAUUACUUUGGUUCUUUCACCCAUUUCUCAACUCUAUAUGAAAGCAUAGGAAAAUGGCAUCAAGGCGUACCUGUCGGCGAUCCAAUAGAACUUCAGUAUCGACCAAACAAGUCUAAUAUCCUACAAGUCGAGGUACAGCUCGAAGCGCAGAACAACGCAGUCAUCAUGCCUACAUCGUUGCAAGGUUGUGGUCGGUUUGCCGACGGAGUCGACACUACAUCGCCCCCUUCAAACAGUAUUGUCGUUCUCGAGGUUCCGACGUUCCAGGUCCAGCUUCGUACACACGAGUAUUUGAUGGAAAUGUCGCUCAAUAUUCAUCAAGUGAAAGGCGGCAUUGUCAAUCAUUAUCGCUCUCUCGUCGAUCUUGGCUCUCUCAUCGCAGGUAGCGAUGAAGUUUUCGUCGUGGAUGGCAUGGAAAUUGUUGCACAUAAGCUCUUCGGUCCUCAACCCCGAACGGCGACUUAUGUUUGCAUAUGGGAAAUCGAGUUCGGCUCCAUCCUCGCCUCGGUUUCUGCCGAUCAAAGUGCCAUACUCUCAGCGGCGAUGAACGUCUUUCACGCGGGGUUCUCAGACCCUUUCAAUGCCCCUGCAGCCGAGUAUGCUAUUCCUGCGGAUCCAGACGUGACAUUUCUACGUGUGGCGGUUCAAUCAGCUGAUGUGACCUGGAUGGCUGGCGAUGCCGCUCUUCGGUUUGAUUUGCCAUGUGGUUUGUCUUUUCAGAGCAACGAUCUAUCCACCGAAUCAUAUCAGAAGGUCACUUCGGCAAAACUGCCACCCAUGUCGGUCCAAGCUUUCUCGUCAGCGACACGUUCUCGCAACCUGUGGUUGGAGGCUGCAGUAUUAACCAUCGAUGUGGACUUCGACUUAUAUACAUCACCGCCUGGCUGGCGCGACAAAGCCAAAGCUCAGGCAGGCUUUCUCCUGGCUCAGGAUGACCUCACCGGUCGUCUGACGGAUGUGUUUUCGCAUCUGAGCUCGCAAGAGUCGUGUCCUCCCCACGCGUGCCCAGCCUUAUCAAAACUCAAGCGUGGAUUGCACAUCACUUACCCUCGCGUGCCCAUUGUUUCUCAGAACCCUGUCCUGGUACAGCCAAGGACCACCCGGCCCGUGUUCGCCCGGCCAGCGUCAUUGGCCAGUGCGUCUUCAGUCUCGGACAUUGGGGAGGAAAGCGGUAAAAAAGACAUGGACACAAUUUUAGCGCGAACACGACCGACGAUAGUAUCUGAUGUAGUAGCAGAUGACGAUGACACGUACAGCGGCGAUGAAUCGGAUGAUGACGGCUUGACAGAUGCGAGUGGCUCCGCUCAGCAUUGGUCAGAUUGUUUCAACGGUUCUUCUGAGGGUCAUGAACUUGAAUCCGACGCGAAGUAUAUCUAUUUGACGGCACAUUAUACGACAGCGGCGAAUCGUCCGCCUUCGCUAUGGGCUGGCCGUGGGUUCUCCUUGACAAAGGUCAACCCCUACUUCGCCUCAUUCACUGCACGGUCAACCGACGAACGCGUCCCUGGUCCAACCGAUCCUUCUAACACGAAGUCGCUUGAUAAGACGUUUCUUCGCUUAACUAGCUCCCAUGUUGCCGCAUUUUACACACCGAGGGUACUCUCCGUAGUUGAGGGCUUAUGCCAGGACUUUAGGGACCAGACAACUCGCCCGGACAUCAUUUUCGACGGUCUGAUUAUGUCCCAUGUGGACUCCCUGAACGAUGCACCGUCGUCGCCAACGUUCGCGUUUCAAAUCGGCAUCUCCACCGUCAAUGCGACGUUGUUGCAGCAUCUGUCCGCUGCCGAUUUUGGACCCAGCUCUGGGAGGGGGACACAAGAGCAGCCAUAUCCUACGCAGUUCCCUGAAGAGGACGUUACGACACUCCAUGUCUCUUUGGGGAACGUGACAGCCAGUGGAACUAUCGUGCGCCACGAUAAGCAGCAACCUUCUGUAUCGAUGGGUGUAUGCGUUCGUUCACUUUCCCUUGAACUCCAAGAUGUCCAUUGCCCUCCGGCAGCCCCCCGCGGAAGUAGGGAGCAUGGAACCCCGUCUCUCGUCAGCGUCAACGCGACUGAGAUCUCCGCAAGUUACCAGGACUCUCAUAUCCGGGGCUUCUUCGGGAGCAUCCAGGCGAGAUCGAGGCACGAUACGCCUAGAUAUCUGCUAGCUUCAGCGACAGCACUUGCUGAGCAUAGCAGGCUAUUGACCCGCGCGUAUAGUCAGUUGCGCGCUCACAUCUUCGCGAUCCGCUGGCGUACCAUUCGGACAGUUCUUGCGCACGCGACCGAACGACCAUUCGUGGAUCCCUUUUCUACGACACAACCCUCCUAUCUAGUCCAGUCCGGUCUACCACAGCGCCUUCGCACGGACACCAUUCUCAAGGUCUUGAUCCACCUCAGAAACUUGCUGCCCAUUCUAGACGUUUCACAGCCGCAGGGAUCUGCGUCCACACCGCCAGCUGAACAACAUGAUAUAUCUUCCCUGCUGGACGUUCAGCUGCAGAACUUUGCCCCCGAUCCGGAGGCAGUCGUCACAGCGCGCCUGCCGCUGCUCUCUGCACUGUCGCUCGGCGGGGACGCAAAUGGGAAGGCGUAUCCUUUCGGACGUCCGGAUCACCGAAGCUCCCCAUUGAGAUCAGCAGACGUUUCAGUAACGACGAUGUACAUUUCCCUUGCAGGCCAUCCAGGGGAGCCAGAUUGCGGCUUGAAGGUCGGACCAAUCGUAAUUUCUGCAACUAAGCGAAGCUCGCGGUACACUCCCGUAUCUACGAAACCCGAGGCUUCAUCUGGACCGUCAAGCGCCACUGGUGAAGACAGGAUGGACUUCGUCGCCCUUUGUGUAUCGUUGGGAGAUAGCACUGUCACGAUUGUGCCCCAUGUUCUUGACUUCAUCCCUCAUGUCAUUCGAGCACUUCGCCGACCACGAACGGCACCGACGCCUUCGCCGUCGUCUCUCAAGGCGGAUAGCACUCACCCAUAUACCAUCGAGGCUACACUUUCCGUUCCAUCUUUCAGACUGCAGGCAGCCGCAGCGAACCUGAUUUGUGAAGUUGGGAUGGGCAAUCUGCUGCUCGCUGGUACAACCUCGUCCCAUCUUCCCAACCGAAUCCAGGAUCUGCAAAGAAGUACUUCAUUGUCGAUCAUUCUGGGGCACAUCUUCCUUCGCGGCCGCUCAACGGACGGUCAUACGAAGCAAGAGCGCGACAUCCUUGCAUCCCUCGAGUUCCAUGACGGCAAGGGAAACGUUGCUAUUCAAGAUACCCAGAGAUCGUCCGAAGUUCGGCGGAUUAUGGUCGGGUUCCAUGGUGUGGAACUCAGAGUACCUCGGAGUGCGAUCCGUCUAUAUCGUUUCGUCGAGGAAUGGCGAUCCACAUACCUCCCUCCGCUACAGCAAAUGAUGGACAACAUGAUCGUAGAAAUCCACAAACCGUCCCUGCUUUCCGUCGGUGUUGACGCCAAGAAACCAAAACGUGUUUCGCUGCAGCUCCAGCUAUCGGUUACGUCAAUCCGCACGACCCUCCAGGUGAUGCUUGGAACUUGGCUUUCCUGGGAAAUUCUCUCCACGACGGCAUAUUUACACACAUCACCAAACCCACGACGAGCCUCUCUACGAUUCUUUGGAUUGCAAGUUGGGUCACAGGUGCUCAGCGUCGCGUCGCGUGAAAAUCUUCCGGACGAUCAUGAUCCCACCACCCGAGUCAAGUUGGCGUUUCCUCAACUUUCGGUCUCCGGACGCUUUGAUGAUGCAGGACUAUAUGCACUGAUGGCCGUGGAAUUCUUCCAUGUCACUAUCAAACCAUCGCAUUGGGAUACAGUGCUGGCUGUUCAACAGAAAUUCGGUAAUGACUUCCAGGAUUUGGUCACACUCAUCGCCCAAACUCGUCGGAAGACUGCACCCUCCUCUCAUUCCCCUGUUGGUACCCAAACAUCAAGGGAACAAAAGUGGAGAUAUGCGGGUUUCUUGAAGAUGCGAGGUUUCCGCGUUGGAAUGGAAGGAUUGACCUCGACUAUAUUCCUGGAAUGCCAAGACAUCAACGGCGGCGCCAACAACGAAGAGGGACGGGUGCUGCAGCUUCACCUGUCAAAUUUGGCGUUGUCCUUAUCUUCCGGCGCUCGGAUGAGGACACUCGACCCUGGUCUUAGGCGAACCCAUGGAUCCGCUUUCGUCAACAUGGAUGUCCAAGUAAACUUGCUGAGCGGACGUUCUCCUGCAGGUGGUCACAUACUUCAGAUUGCGAUACCAAAGAUCCAUGCGGUUAUGCAACCUAGUUCCAUAGGUGAAUUCGCUGAUUAUGUGGAUCAGUUACAGACGGAGAUCUCUGAGCGCCAGGAACAUCGAGCUCACCAAUUAGCAGAAUUCAAAGAGAAGACACAACACGUCAUGCGCACUUUUGAUAUAAAAAAGGAACCUCAACAAGACCAGGCUUCAUGGAUUGACCAAUAUUCCGUCGAUUUCUCUGUUCGAAACAUCGGAGUUGCUUUUCCCCUGUCGCUGGACCUGUACCUUGAAUUACCGCAAAAUCAAGAUCAGACAGUGUCAAGCGUGCCUGCGUUCUUAUUCACGGUCUCGUCGCUUGUGUUCGCUUCGGAGCAUGGCGAGAGUGGACAGGCGACUAUGAAAGGGUUUUGCUUCCAGUUUGUUCCUCGGUUCAGUCAGAGUGCUGCAGGCGAUUUCGUAUCCGCAUCGCAUAAGACGUUCAACAGGCUGCUUUACCCCGAGGUCACGGCGCAAGCGCGAUUUGAGCAGGUUGAUUCGUCAAGAAGGAUGCGUUUAAGUGCGCAGGUCAGCGGGUUCAUCGUCGACAUGGAUUCGUCAUUGCCAGACUAUGUGUUUUCGCUGGUCGAUGUCUACCAACAGGGGAAAUCUCGCGUUUCUCAGCUAACGGCCCAUCUCCCUCGCAUGAGCUCACCAGCCACAUCCCCCGCCCACUCGCAGGACGGGAGCGACCGUCAUCCACGCGCUAUCCCAAUGUCGAACGCUGUAGCUUCUCUCAAGUUCCGCAGUGGCGAAGUGAGGCUGUAUAGUGCCUCAGCUGCGGGUGCAGCCAGGACGCUGUCAAAGAUCACGGUCCUGUCCAAUGAAAGCCACCGUCUUUCGAGCUCUGGUCCCGAGGUCUUCAGGCUCCCCGAAGUUACCGUUUGGGGAGAGUACCGCGCAUCGACUGUGGUAGCCGCUUCGGGUGGAAGUGGAGCUAGCGUGUCCACAUUAACGUUCAAGAGCACAGUGCACUCCAGCCAGAAUGUCAUCCGUCCAACCCUUUUGCCCUUCCUUUCUGAAUUCAAUGAUCGAUUGGAGGUUCGGAUCCGGAAGGAGCAUUGGCGGGAACCAUCCUUAGAUCCGCCAUCGGAGCGCCCUAGAACGGAGACAACGACCGAUGAUGCUUCUGCCCACAGAACCACGCCUAUGACUAUGGAAAUCAGAUUUGGCCUCCGGAUAGAUCGAUCAAAAUUAGAGCUGACAUGCCAGCCGGAUGUCAAUGUCAUUGCGGGUUUGAAUUGGGAAAGUGGAGGUUUUGUGCUCAGUGUAUCGCCAGGAGCCCAUCGGAUUGCUUUCACUGGGGACGUUGGCGGACUGACAGUGGGGCUGAAGCAUGGGUUUUUGAGCGAAGAUUGCAUACAGCUGCAUGCUCGCGACCUGGCGUUCUCAGCCACUUUCGCGCGCUUGAGCGAGAGAGGCAACUCUCUCUCCCUAGUCAUAAAUACAGAGUUCUCCGGUUCUGCUCGACUAUCUCGGCUGCAGGAUAUGCUCUGUUUCAAGGCUGUCUGGCUGGAUCGCAUCCCUACCUUCGGUACCCAGAGCCAGGCCGCUCCCGCAACGCCUUUCAAACCUGCAAUUGAUUUACCAUCGUCCAGUCCAUCCUCCAAGACAGCUCGUUCUGAAAUUGCAACGGUCAUUCUUGUGCGUGUGCGGCGCACAAAGCUUGCUGUUGACCUCGGCCACUCCAUCAGUAACAUCCACUUGGACCUUACCAACACGACCUUCCGGACAAGGCUAACCAGUGCCGUGGCAGAGAUAUCACUGCAUAUCUCAGAAGUUUCUAUAACUCCAAAUGGUAACAUUUCUGGCAUUGCUCUUGUUCCCGACUUUGUGUUCCAAACGGUACGAAGGCGCGAGGUUCUGGAUGACGCGAAUCUUGCUGGCGAGAAUCGGAUGCUGGAGCUUGUCCUGACUAGUGGACCUUUCACUUUGGCACUGGAAUCUGAACAUCAGAAGUUAUUGCAAUACCGUGCCGAACCCAUCAAGGUCCUCGUAUACGAUGAUUGGUCGCUCAUCUCGUCGCGUCGACCUCAGCGCGACAGGCGCUUGCGACUAUCAUUCCUAGUCGUCGGAAGUGAAGUUGUGGCAACGGCUACUGUCAGCACAGUGCCUAAGCUCUUUUCCUAUGUCGAAAAAUUCAAGGCGAACGUUGCUGCCCAGCGAGAAGGCGCUAGCCGCGAAUCCCAAGCGUUCCGCGUAGCGCGUCAGCCCAAGCCCGACAACCCUCUGUCUGCUGUCGCCAACGCCAUACUGCAAAAUGCCCGCAACCGAUUCAAGGAAGCGGAGAGGGCAAUAUCGUACGAAGUCGUACAGGAACUAAGCCUGCAAUUGGGAACCCUACGUCUCAAUCUCUUCCCGAGGACGAUGGGGGAUACGGACAUGGCUCAAUUCACCGGGCGGGAGGUACAGGCACGCUUGGAACGCAUAGUCAGAGCAGAUGGCAAGCUGGCCGCUCGUGAUCUGCGCCUCGCCUUCUCGUCCAUGGCGAUCUCUCGAUUCAGCAGUCUUAAUCACGCAAUGGCCGCUCGCAAAGCGCCUACGAACGACCUCGAAUGGAUGCAGCUCAUUACCCAGCGGGCUCCUGAGGCAACUAUCUUCGCUUUGCCUGCAAUGCGGAUCAAGAUGACUAGCGAAGAGGAACUAGAAGGGAAGCGCAUCGUCCUGAUCUACGACUUCUACAGUCGCUUUCUCAGAGGAGCAACAAGAGGAUCAGGAGACGACAUAUACAUAUCCUUGAACGUCUCGCUUUACUCCUGGCUCACGGUGCUCCGGAAGAACUUCACUCGCGAAAUGGACGACGCGCUCAAGGUGAAGCAAACGGGCUCAAGUCCCGCCAUGCCUGCGCCGGUUCAGCGCAAAUUCCCCGAGCCAAUUCCCAUGGGCAGAACCCGGCAGACCCUUGAGUCGCAGCCCUCACCGGAUGCGCUCAGCCCUCUCCUGCCGGCAUUCAACCUGAAUCAAGGUUCGAAGCAGCGAGCGCAGGAUCCGUCUCCGCCCGGCUCGCCCACGGUAGCAGCCAUGUCUGGUAGUGAUGACGGUUCGCCGACCCAAGCAAGCGUUACCCUCACCGCUGCCCCCGCGGAGGAGGCAGCAUCUGGGAGCAGUCGGAACGUAAUUUACCGCCCCCGCCAUAGACAGAUCGAGCGCCUUACUAUGCGUCAGCUCGGCGAGGCGACGCCCGACGUCAUGCAUCCCUUCUUCAUGAAGAAGGCCGGCUUCAAUCUCGAAGAAUCGCUGCCACAAUAUGUUCAUGAGUACGCCACGAUUCCGAUGGAGGAAAUCAUGGAAGCGCUGUUGGAGUUAUAUGGUCGGCAACUGGGCAAGGCUGGGCGCACGGCAGGAUCUACGCAUAAAAUGGACACAUUGGCGCCCGGAAACACGGGAUAA